AUGGUGGUCGGAGGCGGUUUUAUGAAAUGGGUUUUAGUUAUUUUAGCGAUUCUGGACCGAGUUAACUCGGUCUCUGCUAACUGCCAUUUCAGUGUCAUUGAUGAUAACAAGCUCUACGACUACAGCUUGGGCUCUCCCAUCCCCUUAUUCCCUCAUGGCAUCCAAAGCGAAGAUGGAUUCUACAAGGUGGCAGCAAAUGAGACUGUGCUCUGGUUUCAGCUUUGCGAUGGAAUGAUUUUCAAUCACGACCCACCUAGAUGUGUCGAUUGCUGGGAUUGUGGGGGGCCAUCACGCUGUGGCAUGGGUUGUAGUGCGCUUGUGGCAAACAACAUAGGAGGUUAUGAUGUGUGCACUACCAUUGGGCGUGCCUCAAGCACUGACAUUAACAUAAUUGACAAGAAGAAUCCUAACAGUGGUGUCAUUGUUAAGAUGUCAAAUAGUGGCCUAAAGCGCAACUGUUCGCUCUCUGUGUCUGUAAUUUGUGAUCCAAAUAGAGUUCAGGGUCCACAUUCACUGGAGAAAACUGGGAAAUGUGACUACGCUACAGUGUUAACGCAUCCUUCUGGUUGUGCCAAGGUCGUACAUGUUCAUGGACACGGGUGGGGCUGGUUUGGCACCUUAGGAACCAUAGUCUUAUGCCUUUUUGGAGCAUAUCUGCUGGCUGGGGCAGUUUAUCGAUAUUUCAGUCUUGGAGUUCGUGGAAUACACGUUAUUCCAAACUUGGAUUUUUGGACCAGCUUACCUCAGAGAACACAGGUUAAGCUGGUGAAUUCAUUUGUAUCAUCUCUACUCUGCCGUCAACAUUUAGAAAACAAGAGAAAGUGGGUCAGUAUGCAGACAACAGCCUUGUCAAAGCUAGCACUUAAGCUCGAUAUGCGCCAUACACCAUAA